AUGGGGGAUGCAAGGAGGAAGGGUGCUGCUGGUGGUGCCGCUGCAGGUGCUGCUGCUGGUGCUGCUGCAGGUAGGAUGGGAGGAGGAAGGGAGGAGCGGAGGGUGGGUUGGGUGGAGGAGGAGGAGGGCGAUGCUAUGGGGGAGGAAAGGGGGGAGGGUGCUGCUGGUGGUGCUGCUGCGGGUACAAUGGGAGGAGGAAGGGAGAGAGGGGGGGGGGAGGGGACGAAGAGGGCAGCCGUGCGGCAAAUCCGCGCGACUGGGAAGCCCGUGGCGAAUGCACGCGGGACAGCCCGCGGCAAACGAGCAGGACGUGCAGAGAUGGGCGCGAAAUGGCACAGCAACGGCAAGCUGCUGUGCGACGCCCUUGCCCUCCUCAACGUCUUCCUGGAGGAGCUCUUCGAGGUGCUCUGGGAGCCUCAUGGUGCAUGCUGUGCUGUGCUCUGCUGCACAUGCCUCAUGGUGCGCAGCACGUGGUGUCCCUGCACGCACAGCAACGGCAAGCUGCUGUGUGACGCGCUCUCUCUGCUCAACGUCUUUCUGGAGGAACUCCCCGAGGUGCUCUGGGAGCCGCUGCACGCCCACAGAGGGGCAGGGAUGGAUGGUGGGAAGGGGGAUGAUGGGAGAGAAGGGGAAGAGGAGGGAGGAGAGGAGGGGGGUGAGGGGGAGGGGAGUGAGGAGGAGGAGGAGGAUGCGGGGCAGGCGAAGAAGGCUGUUUGGCGGCACUUGAGGCAUCUGCAGCAAGCCGUGUCGCUGUUGGCCAUGGAGCACAAGCCCUCGUGCUCACUAACACACCUGCGCGCGCUCUGCCCGGACCUGAACGCGAACCAGCUGGUGCAUCUGUGCGUGUGGUACCAGGAUGACUGCUACAGCACGCAGGGACUGCCCGCUGCUGUUGUCGACCAGCUGUGGGGGGAGGUGGACGAACGCACAGCCAUGCUGCUGCAGGAGAGCCCCAGGUAG